AUGAUUGUCGUAAUUGCGGCUUGGAUAAGUUACUCGAUGGGCAGUGGCGAGUUGUUGCUUGUGAACGAACGACCGACAACGUCGAAAGCGCUACAAGAUGUUGCGGCUCUUAUUGAGAUUCAAGGAUUGGAAUUCAAUCGUGCCGAUACGAUGGAAGAAUGUUUGAGUGCAUUGGAAACGAGCAACUUGCCCACGUUUCCUGACACAUUAGCCUUCUUUGGAAAUGAUUCACAAUUUUUGAGUGUGGAUGUUCACAGCGACUGUUAUUCUGCUGCACAAUGA